UUGUUCCGAUCUUUCCUUCUUUUUUGCCCCCUUCAAUUUUUUAUUCUCCUUUCAGUCUUCGACUCCUUCAUUACACAAUUAAUCUUCGUUUGAAUCCUGUCUCUCUCCUGAAAUACCCGUAUCUUGAAAAUUUGUAGCUUCUAGCCGGCUCUAGCUCGCAAACUGGUCGUGGCCGUCUUUUGGGGGCCAAGAAGUAUCUUUGGUCACAGACUCAUGUCACUUCCUAAUGAAGAAAACACAUCACAUUCACAGCUCGCAUCCCAUUUUUUCUGGGAUAUCCUAGAUUCCAUCAUUGUUGAUGUGGCAUCUGAGUAUCACAGAAUAGCAAGGCUGGGUCUUGAUCAUAAUCUAGAAGAGGAGGAAGAAGAAAUGAAGUUGUCAGCACAAGCCAGAGCCCGGGUUGCUGAUUCUAGUAACAAUAACGAAAUAAAUGGAAAGUAUGUGGUUGACAUAUUUGGACAAACCCAUCCUUCAGUUGCCAGUGAAGUAUUUGAGUGCAUGAAUUGUGGUCGGUCUAUCGCUGCUGGGAGGUUUGCUCCUCAUUUGGAGAAAUGCAUGGGAAAGGGCAGGAAAGCUCGUCCAAAAGUAACAAGAAGUAGCACAGCACAGAGCCGGCAUUCGCGAGGCAAUCAAGCUCCAACAUAUUCCCCUUACUCAAGUUCCUCUGGUGCGAAUCGGCUAGCGAAUGGAAACUCUGGUGUUGCAGGUGAGGAGCACUCAAAUGGGACGUUUGAACCAUGAUGCAUAGAAAAACAGUGCGGUACAAUAGUUGGCAGAUUAACGCCAAGGAUGGUUGCAAUCCAUGCACAACAUGGUCUGUCGAGGCUUUGCCCAAGCCUGAACCUGUUUUAUUGGGAGGUAUAGUCAUGUCAUGGUUUAUGCUGACAUUCUGGAGUUUGAGAAUGAGGAUCGUACAUGUCCAUGGCAAUGUCCAACUUUACAGAGACUGAUAAUUCGCGUUUGCAACAGAUAAAAGAAUGAAGUUUGACAGCUAUGGAUUUUGUCCCCCCCCCCCCCACAAAAAAAAAACAUUAAGUUAUACAUUUACUAAACCUAAAAUGAGAUUGAUUCCCCUUGAUAGAAAUUCACUGGGGCUUGAUACCACUUUAAUCUAGAGUGAAAUCAUAUUUUCCAUUUCAAA